CGAGCCGGGCUGGGGGUUGGGACCUCCGGCUGCAGGUCCGCUUGGGCAGACGCGCGAGCGCAGACAAGAGUGUGCGUGGUUACCGGCCCGGCCUCCGCAGUCCUCGCCGAGCCCCGAGCCCCGAGCCCCGACCCUCCUGCCGACCCCAGCCUUACCUCGUCACCAUGCGUCUCCGCUGCCUAGCGCUGUUCCCGGUCGUGGCGCUGCUUGCCGCAGCCCGCCUUAGCGCUGCAUCCGACGUGCUGGAACUCACAGACGACAACUUCGAGAGUCGCGUCUCCGACACCGGCUCUGCGGGCCUCAUGCUAGUCGAGUUCUUCGCGCCCUGGUGUGGACACUGCAAGAGGCUUGCACCUGAGUAUGAAGCUGCAGCUACCAGAUUAAAAGGAAUAGUUCCAUUAGCAAAGGUUGAUUGCACUGCCAAUACAAAUACCUGUAAUAAGUAUGGAGUCAGUGGAUAUCCAACCCUAAAGAUAUUUAGAGAUGGUGAAGAAGCAGGUGCUUAUGAUGGGCCCAGGACUGCUGAUGGAAUUGUCAGCCAUCUGAAGAAGCAGGCAGGACCAGCUUCAGUUCCUCUCAAGAGUGAGGAGGAAUUUGAGAAGUUCAUUAGUGAUAAAGAUGCUUCUGUGGUGGGUUUUUUCAAGGAUUUAUUCAGUGAAGCUCACUCUGAGUUUCUAAAAGCAGCCAGCAACUUGAGGGAUAACUACCGAUUUGCACACACCAGUGUUGACUCUCUGGUAAACAAGUAUGAUAAUAAUGGAGAGGGUAUCACCUUGUUUCGUCCUUCACAUCUAAUGAACAAGUUUGAGGACAAGACCGUGGCAUAUACAGAACAAAAAAUGACCAGUGGCAAGAUUAAAAAAUUUAUCCAGGAAAAUAUUUUUGGUAUCUGCCCUCACAUGACAGAAGACAAUAAAGAUUUGAUACAGGGCAAGGACUUGCUAACAGCUUACUAUGAUGUGGACUAUGAAAAGAAUGCUAAAGGUUCCAACUAUUGGAGAAACAGAGUGAUGAUGGUUGCAAAGAAAUUUCUGGAUGCUGGAAACAAACUCAACUUUGCUGUAGCUAGCCGCAAGACCUUUAGCCAUGAACUUUCUGAUUUUGGCUUGGAAAGCACCACUGGAGAGGUUCCUGUUGUUGCUCUCAGAACUGCAAAAGGAGAGAAGUUUGUCAUGCAGGAGGAGUUCUCGCGUGAUGGCAAGGCCCUUGAGAGAUUCCUGCAGGAUUACUUUGAUGGCAACCUGAAGAGGUACCUGAAGUCUGAGCCCAUCCCAGAGAGCAAUGAUGGGCCUGUAAAGGUAGUUGUAGCAGAGAAUUUUGAUGAAAUAGUGAAUGAUGAAAAUAAAGAUGUGCUGAUUGAAUUUUAUGCUCCUUGGUGUGGGCACUGUAAGAAUCUGGAGCCUAAGUAUAAAGAACUGGGAGAGAAGCUCAGAAAAGACCCAAAUAUUAUCAUAGCCAAGAUGGAUGCCACAGCUAAUGAUGUGCCUUCUCCAUAUGAAGUCAGAGGUUUUCCUACAAUCUACUUCUCUCCAGCCAACAAGAAGCUAAAUCCAAAGAAAUAUGAAGGUGGCCGUGAAUUAAAUGAUUUUAUUAGCUAUCUACAACGAGAGGCUACAAACCCCCCUGUAAUUCAAGAAGAAAAACCCAAGAAGAAGAAGAAGGCACAGGAAGAUCUCUAAAGCAGCGCCAAACAGGCCACUUUGUAAAAGGACUUUUCCAGCAGAGAUGGGAGAACCAUUGGGAGAACUGAGACCCAUAUGGGAUUAUUACUCUCAGGGCUGAGAGGACAGAAUGGAUAUAAUCUGAAUCCUGUUAAAUUUUCUCUAAACUGUUUCUUAGCUGCACUGUU